UUUCGCCCUUGCGGCAGCUGAACCGCCGACUACCAGCUCCUCCACCGAGCACACGCCCCGCGCACUUCGCUCUCGGCCUCGCCCGGCCACCGUCGCUCUCUAGAACUCCGCGCCCGUGACCCGGAAGAGCAUUCUCCUUAGCAACUGCGGGACUGCGGCGGCGCCGGCCUCUGGGGAGAAACGUGAAUGACAACAGAGCUGCUCAAGGCGGGAACUCUGAGCCGAGCAGUGGAGGUUUCUUUGGAUCUGGAGAGAAGAGUGACCUUGGAGCCAAUAAUGAGCCAUCCUGACUACAGAAUGAACCUCCGGCCCCUGGGGACCCCCAGAGGUGUGUCCACUGUGGCUGGCCCACAUGACAUUGGUGCUUCGCCAGGUGACAAAAAGUCAAAGAACAAGUCCACACGAGGGAAGAAAAAGAGCAUAUUUGAAACUUACAUGUUCAAGGAGGAUGUUUCGGAAGGCUUGAAGAGAGGAACACUCAUCCAGGGUGUAUUGAGAAUUAAUCCAAAGAAGUUUCAUGAAGCCUUCAUUCCUUCCCCGGAUGGUGAUCGAGACAUUUUUAUUGAUGGGGUUGUUGCCCGUAAUAGAGCCUUAAAUGGGGAUCUGGUGGUUGUGAAACUACUUCCCGAGGAGCAGUGGAAGGUAGUUAAACCAGAGAACAAUGACAAAGAAACAGAAGCUGCAUAUGAAUCAGAUAUCCCCGAGGAGCUCUGUGGACGCCAUCUCCCGCAACAGUCCCUGAAAAGCUAUAAUGACAGUCCUGAUGUCAUUAUAGAGGCUCAGUUUGAUGGCAGCGACUCAGAAGAUGGACAUGGCAUCACACAAAAUGUGCUGGUUGAUGAUGUUAAGAAACUCUCAGUUUGUGUUUCUGAAAAAGGAAGAGAGGAUGGUGAUGCACCAGUUACAAAAGAUGAGACCACCUGCAUUUCACAAGACACAAGAGCUUUACCGGAGAAAUCCCUGCAAAGAUCAGCAAAGGUGGUUUACAUCUUGGAGAAAAAACAUUCUCGAGCAGCAACUGGCUUCCUCAAACUCUUGGCUGAUAAGAACAGCGAACUGUUUAGGAAAUACGCCCUAUUUUCUCCCUCAGACCACCGAGUGCCUAGAAUUUAUGUGCCUCUCAAGGACUGUCCCCAGGACUUUGUGGCACGGCCUAAAGAUUAUGCCAACACACUGUUCAUCUGCCGCAUUGUGGACUGGAAGGAGGACUGCAAUUUUGCCCUGGGGCAGCUGGCUAAGAGUCUUGGGCAGGCUGGUGAAAUUGAGCCUGAAACAGAAGGAAUACUAACAGAGUAUGGCGUGGAUUUCUCUGAUUUCUCUUCAGAAGUUCUAGAAUGUCUUCCUCAAGGCCUGCCAUGGACAAUUCCACCAGAGGAGUUCAGCAAGAGAAGAGAUUUAAGAAAAGACUGUAUCUUCACCAUUGACCCAUCAACCGCCCGAGACCUCGAUGACGCCCUCUCCUGCAAGCCACUCGCUGAUGAGGAGCAGUUUGGCAGAGCAGCAGAGAAAGGACAUGGAAAAGGAGUCAGGGAAGACUCCGAAAAGGCCUGAGUUGGUCGGCGAACAGUUUUACGGUGGCACUUCUACAGUUGGCCUUUGUGACAACAGUUCCUGCCAGGGCCAUUUAUCCAAGGAGUUGAAAAGGGAAAGUCAUUUCCAGUUUGGAUUGGGGUGAGAUUGGCUAAGUUCAGGUUGAGGUAGUUACCAGUUCAUGUCAGUUCUUGCUUAGGGGGAAAAAUGUUAAAGUUUCAAAAAACAAAUAGUGUUUUCUUGGCCUAUUUAUAUCAUCUGUAGUUUUGUUUUGUUUGUUUGUUUGUUUUUAAAGAAACUGUAAAGUUUAACUUUCCUUUGGUUUCAUUAAAAUUAUCUGAAUGACCACUCUGUGAAAAGCAGACAGAUGUAACAUACCUGGUCCUCACUUUCCCUUUUGGUAGAGUUCAGAUGUACUCCAGGACUUGUUAGCGGUAUCUAUCAGGUGAGGCACUCCAGUGAUCAAUUCAACAAACCGCAGUGACCACCUGUCUACCAGUAGAUCAUAAUUAGGUUGCAGGCGGAGGAGAGGGCGCCACCUAUCUUCGUGAAAUCUCAGCUUGGAAGGGAUUCUACUAGUCAUCCAACCUGGUAAUUCUCCACUUUUCUUAGCCUGAAAACACACUUCAGGAGAACACUCCCAUGAGCAUUACCCAGCAAUGUAGAGUUUUUCCACCUUUGUUCAAGAAAAUGUUUAGUGAUAUAAGUGAAUAGGAGUGGCGUUAUAGUGAUAAUCCAGAAUCUGGAGACAGUAAUUGUGCGCCUCAGUGUUUUAUUAUCAUACCAGGUCACUUGCAGCCUACCUCACAGCUGACCUCAACGCUCAAGUGUGGGAAUGCCACAGUUGUCAGAUCACCCUCUGGUUUUUGAAUUACGUCCACCGCAUCCGUUUAUGGAAUGUCUAGGUUGCAUUUGAACUUUCUACCUUAGAGGCAAUUCAUUCUGCCUUAAGAUGGCUUGACUGUUAGGAAAUCCUUCCCUGUAAUGAUCUGAAACACUGCUCUCUUCCUGUAAUUUUCCACUCAUUAGUCUCAUUUAUGCCUCUUGGGGCCCUAUAGAACAAAUCUAGUGUCUCAUUUGACAACCUGUCAGUUACUAGAUAACAGUUAUCAUGUGUCUUCUGAGUCAAAAAUUCUCAACUUAGCAUCCUAAAUAUUCUUUGGUGUCCAGUGGAUGAUGAGGUGUGAGCCCAUCUCCCAUGUCAUGGAGUCAUUUCUGCUUUUAUGAAGUCUGAAGUUCAUGGCUGCCUGUAUCCAGACUUCGCCUCCCUGGCUAUUAGGGCCUGCGCUCUUCUUGCCAGUUCCUUCUUAUUGGGCAGGACUGGGUUCAGAGUAACAGCUACCCAUUCUCUUCAAUUAAUCAAGCAUUGUGGCUUUGCCUUAGUCUCUGAGGGAAAAUUGUCAGCCUGACCAGCUAGGACCUUUAUUCAGCUUUUCAUUGAUUCAGGCUCCCAGCAGAUCCUGCAGGAAAUUGAACUUCACUUCUCCAGCAUCUUGUUUCUCUAAAGUUGUGUUCUCUAAUGUGUGCUCUGCCGUUGAACUUAAGGGUUACCCUAGCCAGGCCUUAGAAAUGAAUGAAUGGGAAGGGGGAAUGAUGGUUAAUGGGUUUCAGUUUCUUUUUGGGUGACGAAAAUGUUCUGGAAUUAGAUAGUUGAUAGUUGCACAACUUUGUGGACAUACCAAAAACCACUGGGGGAAAAGGAGUGAGUGAAUAAGUGAAUGAGAAGAAAUAAACAUAUCCACUUAUCCUUGAGGCUUUCUGGAAAUUGGAGUUUAUAUACCUUAACCACAAUUUAGCAGAGGUCUUUAUGGAAUGCCUAGCUGGAUAUCAUAGUCACAUCCCUCAUGUCCAUCUCUCCUCCUUGCUGCUUUCCUCUCUGAACCGUGAAACUACAGCCCCAGGUGCACAGCCCUCUGCUCUGCUGCCCGCUUACAUUUCCCAUCCCCACAGAGUGCAGCCAUCUGACUCAAAAAAAGAAGGGUCUGUCCCACUAUCUGCAUAGAAAAUACUUGGUUAAGUUAGAACAGCAUCCAGCCUAAGGGACCUCUGGGAUGCAUAUUACCUACUGUGCUCAAGGAAGCACCAGUCUGCCUGCCUGGGUUGUCUCUGCGGCCUGCCUGGUUGCAUGGCUUUUUUGGGGGAGGAUGGAGCAGACAGCUCUGUUCCUGGGAGCCCAUAGCAAUAAGGGAAUAGAGUGAGAGUCUAGGAGCAGUACCUGUAAGGAUUUCAGAGACUUCCUAAUAAACGCUCUGGCUCCCUAAAUGGUUAUGUUUGUCACCUGCUGAGAAUUUCCUGUAUUGACUGAUCACCUUUGGAGGCAGUGAGGAAGUAGGAGCUAGAAAUUCUUAUGUCCUCCUGUGUGCCUAGGCUUUAGCUAGAAAGCCUGAGGGAUAGGAUGUGGUGGUAGUUGUUUUAAAGAGCAAAGGGCUGAGAUGAAGUCACUGGACCUGCUACUGGGAAGAAACAGAAAACCUGAGAGUCCUGGAGCUUCUGAGUGAAAAGGUUCAUGCAUAUCUCUAGCAGCCAGGCCAGACCCUCUUCCUGGGCUCUUUUCUCACCUCUGGGAAGACUUCUCCCCAGCAGUCAUUCACCCCAGCCCCUUUACAUUUCCCUUUGCCCUGCUUCCUCCUCUUGCUGUACCAACUGAAGUCUCCCUCAUCCUAUAAAACCUUCCUGUACUCUGCUCCAGCUCCAGAACUUUCACUUGUGUCUGUCAGGACACCUUGGAAGAGUUGUCUUUACUUGCUAUUGCUUUCUCACUUCCCGUGUAUUCCUUAUCCCAUUUGCAGCGUGGCUUCAGAAUGCUGGCUGCAACAGGUUGCCCCAGCCUCAGUUCACUAAGCAUCUCUACAGCACUUGACUCUUUAGUCUGCUCUUCCUCCUUGAAAUUCACUCACUCUUCCUUGGACUCAAAGGACCCUGCCUGCUCUUGGUUCUAAAUGUGGGCUUUUCUUCUCCAGUCACCUGUUUAACUCACCUUUCACUGCCCAGCCCUUCAGGCAUCAGUGCCCCUCCUUUCAUGCUCUGCGGUCUUUGCACUUGGUGUCCCCUGUGCCUGGUUUCCCCUUUCCCUGCAAAGCCAUGUGGCUGAUUUCUCACUUCCUUUCAGGUUUGAUUGGUCGCCUUCUCAGUGAAGCCUUCCCUAGCCAUUCUGCCUCUGAUUCCACCCCUCUCACCUAGCCACCUUUCCAUUUUUUUUUUUUCUCACCACUCAUCACUUGCUAACUAACAUAGGUCAAAGGUGGCUUUUUUCUUUGCUUUUAAAAUGGAAGAUAUUUGAUAUGUUUAUGUUGAGAGCUAGGAGAUGACAGAGAAGGAAAAGUUGAAAACACAGGCAUGAGGGGAGUUGAUUGUUUUGCAGGAUCUUGAAGAAGAAGGUGGGAGAUGAAUCAGGGCAUAAGUGGAAGGCAAGGCCAAGGCAGAGGAAGAACGCCCCUCCCCUCCCCUCUCCUCCCGUUCCUCCA